AUGCUUCGUCUCAUUCGUCCCGCCACGAGCCUUAUUCGGACAUCAUGUCAGAGACAUAUUUCGAGCCAAGUCGCUUCGAGUACCCCAUCUCCAACCCAUAGCAUAUACGUCUCGAACUCGACCAACCCCUACUUCAAUUUGACUCUGGAGGACUGGUUAUUCAGAUUCAAGAACCCAAAAGAGCCUCUGUUAUUGCUGUACAGGGAUGAACCGUGUGUGGUUAUUGGGCGGAAUCAGAACCCUUGGAAGGAGGUGAACCUCCCUGCACUACGCGAGAUGGAGGUCCCGUGGAUUCGUCGGAGAAGUGGAGGAGGCACGGUCUAUCAUGAUACGGGAAAUACGAACUUCUCUAUACAUCUCCCACGAACAUCGUUUGACCGGCAUGCGACUGCUCAAGUCAUACUCCGAGCCGUGCGCUCUCUGGAUAUCGACGCGAGUGUGAAUGACAGGAAUGACGUCACUGAUGCUGAUACUGUGUCUGCUUCUUACGUCUCUGGAUCUGCGUACAAGAUUGUGAACAACCGCGCCUAUCACCAUGGGACGAUGCUACUUGAGACGGAGCUUGGUAAUCUGGGUGACGCUCUUCGAGUAUCUAAGGAUUCUAUGAUCACGCGCGGUGUGGCGUCCGUACGCUCACCUGUCCGUAACCUUUGCUGGUUCAAUCCAGACAUCUCGCACGACGCAUUUGUCGAAGCGGUCAUACAAGCAUUCCGCGAAGAAUAUGGUGUGAGCGAAGAGGUACAGGGGGUUCAUGAGACGGAAGACUUGCUUAGCAUCCCGUACAUCCGUGAUGGGAUGGCGGAGUUGACGACGUGGGAUUGGGCGUUUGGACAGACCCCAGAGUUUACGUAUACGUUGCAGGGGUCUUUUGCAUGGGGUGAAGUGACGGCCAAGAUUCGCUCUAAGCACGGCCUCAUCCUGGAAUGCCGAUUUGAGACGGACGACGCAUGGGCCAGGGAAGAGCUGGAAACGUUUGGCGCGUCGUUGGCAGGGAAGCGAUACGGGUUCGUGGAGGAUAAGUCGAUGACUGGAGACGGCCUGGUUGCAGAGGUUUCCGAUUGGUUCAUUGAAGAGACGAGCAAGUAA